UAGAACGUUACCAAAAAAUAUACGUGGUGUAUCUGGUGUCAAGUUUGGUCCAGAUGAUGGGAAGGAUCUUUCUGUGAGCUGCUGUCAUUAUCAGCACCAGAGCAACCACUGCUGGCACUCUCAUAAAAGAACCUCCACCGGACAACAGUGUGUUUGAUUACAACAGAUUGUUACCUAGCAGUCUGGGUCUUCAAAGCACAUGGAAAACACAAGCUGUCUUGCUUCUACACUAAAAACACCUCAGUGUCAGUGUUUUGCUGCUUUUCGGUUUGCUGAAGCUGACUGCUGAUGGAGCUUUCCUGUGAGUCAGUGAGAUAUGCAGAAGACAGCAGGAGACCAGCCAGUUGCAAGUUUGUGGAGCUCCAUGUGCUGUAUGUGCCAAGUGACCAGUGGAAUGAGAAACUCAAUAAAGUUCCAGCUGAAGCCACGGAGAACUUCGUAUCUGCUGGCUUCAUCAGAGUUUACCCUGAUAUCACCUUGAAAACUCUGAGGAGCGAGCUGAGUGUUCUCCUUGGCAAGGAGAGGAGCAUCAACAAGUACUCCUUCCUGAAAUGUGUGGGCCAGAGCCUGGCACUGGUGAAAGGUAAACAGGAAGGAGAUCUGAAAGUGAAAUUAUUCGCUCCACCCUAUGCUGCACAGCCAGAACUUUACCUGCUGCCCACCGUGGAGACAGAGAGCAGUUUCUUCUCCCAGUCCUUCACCCUGGACACCAGCAGCAGCUCCGCAGAUGAGCAGACGUACUGUCCAUCUCCCAGGAUGUUCAGCUUGCCAAUGAGGACAAAGGGAGCUGUUAAAUUCCCCCACAUCCCCCAGUGUUCCCAGCAGCCACCUCCCACUUCUGGGCUGGAGGAGGAGGAGGAGGAUGACGAGGACGAGGACGAAGAGGAGGAUGAAGACAACCAGAGCUGCAGCUCCUCAGAAAAUGAAGAGGAAUCUCUGUGCUCCACCAGGAGAGCAGAGCAGCAGAGUUGCCCAGGGAAACCUCAGACUCAGACGACACUGCAGCUCGUUUCACUGAAAAAAGCUUUAGGAAGAUGUGAAGCUGAGUCCGUUCAGGGGAAACGGGUACCAAAUGGAAAGGAAACAUGCAAAAAGAAGAAACCAUGCCAAAGUGACAGAAACUCAGGAGCUCCCCAGUCUCAUGAGGACAAGGAUUCAGGCUUCUCACUCUCAGAUGGGGUUGGAAAAUCCAAAGGAGAGACACUAAUCGAGGAAAUCAAGUUGAUGAAGGAGGAGAGGAAGCAACUAGAGUGGACAAGACAAGAGCUGCUGAGAAAGGGCAAAGACCUGUUGGCUCAGAGCAAACAUCGCAGGAACUUAGCGCGUGACCGCUGGAAAAAGAAAUACUUUGAAGCCAAGAAGGCCACAGCACCAUUGGAAGAAAAUCUGAGGGAUUUAAGACAAGAACUGGAGAUAUAUUACAACAAACUCCUGUACCAGCUCCAGGCCAGAGACUACAGAGGAAAACAAGGACGACCAGGACCGUCUUCAUUAAAGAAUGAGGUCAUCAUUCAGAUCAUGAAGGAGAUCUAUGAGACUGACGACCUAAAGCGGAAGGUAGAAGAUGCCAAGAUGAAACUUCUAACAGAGAUGAAGUUGAGGAAGCAGGCAGCUACAGAGCUAAGAGCACUGAGGGCUGAGCUGGCCCAGAGGAAAAGUCAAUCAUCUCAUCCCUCACUGAUGCAAAACACCGUUCAGAACAGAGCACCACUUCAAAGCAGCUGCAUCUAAAAUGUGACUAAGGCUGCUCAUCUGGUCUUGAAAAAUGGAUCGAAAUGCCAAAAUGUCUACAA